CGGGAGAUAUUUUUUUUCAGACUAAGUCCGAGCGAAGCAACGCGGGUGCAGCUCGAACGUGCAGAGCCGCAGCGGAGAACUGGAGAUGGGGGAGGAGGGCGACGGGCCGACGGCGGCGCUGCUCCGGCGGCGCUCGUCAUCAAUCAGGCGGCGGCUGCUGAGCACCCUGGCGGACGACAAGGGCGCCUGGCGGGCGCACGCCGGGAUGGUCUUCAUCCAGCUCGCCUACAGCGGCUACCACGUCCUCACCAAGGCCGUCCUCAACGUGGGCAUGAACCAGGUCGUCUUCUGCGUCUACCGCGACCUCCUUGCGCUCGCCGUCCUCGCCCCCGUCGCCUUCCUCCGCGAGAGAGGGGUGAGGCCUCCGGUGACCCCUCAGCUCAUCGGGUCCUUCGCUCUGCUCGGCUUCACUGGGCUCUUCGUGAACCCGCUCCUCUUCCUCAUCGGCCUCCGCUACACGAACGCUUCCUACGCCGCGGCGUUCGAGCCCUCCGUGCCGGUGUUCGCGUUCCUCUUGGCUGCGAUGGCAGGCGUUGAAGCCAUCAACAUCUCCACAAAGUACGGCGUCCUCAAAGUUGCCGGCACGGUCGUGUGCGUCUCCGGCGCCGUUCUGAUGGCUCUGUACAGAGGCCCGUCCUUGGUCAGCCUGGGAGGCAGAGGCACCGAUGCUGCAAGUGAGAGCGUCACUCCCGCUGAGUGGUGGUUGGCGUCAACCAUGCUCGAGUUUGGUGUAGGAACAUGGCAUCUUGGUGUCUUGUGCCUCAUAGCACACUGCUUCUUGGUGGGUGCUUACCUAGUCAUACAGGUUCCUGUGAUUGUAAGGUAUCCUGCAAGCUUAUCCUUGACAGCUUAUUCCUAUUUUUUUGCCACCAUCUUUAUGGUGUUAACUGGAGUAUUUGCAACCGAUGGGCUCCACGAGUGGGCCCUGACCAAAGCUGAGGUCAUAGCUGUUCUAUAUGCUGGCAUUGUUGCAUCUUGUAUGUGCUACGCGAUCAUGACAUGGGCAAACAAGAUUCUUGGGCCUUCUCUAGUUGCCCUCUAUAACCCACUGCAACCAGCAUUUUCCACCGUCCUCUCGACGAUUUUUCUUGGUGCCCCAGUUUAUGCCGGAAGCAUUAUGGGAGGAGUCUUCAUAAUUGCUGGUCUGUACGUAGUCACCUGGGCUCGCUACACUGAAGCGCAGCAAGCACUGACGGAUGGUUACUAUUCGGACCCGCUUCUCGUGGGUUAUCCUCCAAGAGUCCCCAAGACACAAGAAAGUUCUUUGGUGGAUCCUUAAAUGGUUGCCUCAAUUGUUUUCUCCAAGAUAUCAUCAUGAGUAAUAUGUAUAUAUUUAUAUUAAAGAUGCUUCUUAUAAUCUCAUAUAUUAUUUGUCAAACUUUGUAAAUAUUUCUAACGAGAGAAGCGGUCAAAAACACA